CCUGUCGUAGCGAUCUCUGAAACCCGCACAUCUCUGAUGAUCCAGACUGGUCUGUCAAAUCGAAACCGUAGAAUGCCUAGGUUCCUCUAAGCCGCUGCCCCACCCCCGCGGUUCCCAAAGUGCUUUUCCGAUAGCUCUGGAGGGAUUGAUCACUCACUGAGUGUGCUGUGCUUUCCUUCCGUUUCCCCUGAGUCUCCGAGACUUCAAAUCCAAUCACUUUCGUGUUACUUCCCCUUUGCGUUCUGCUGUCCUCAGUCGUUUUGCCUCUAACAUGACUUCUGUCGUUUCGCCCAUCUCGGGCAUCUCCAGCGAUACUCGCAAUGAGCUUCGUCCGCAAGUGAAUCAUUACAUUGGCAUCGAUGUCGGAACUGGUAGCGCUAGAGCCUGCAUCAUGGAUGACAAGGGCGAUAUUGUAGGAUUGGCAUCCGAAAAUAUCGGCCUCUGGCAACCACAGACUGGAUUCUAUGAACAAUCCACUACCAACAUAUGGCGUUGUAUCUGCACUGCAGUCCGCCGCGCUCUGGCUCAGCACAACAUUGAUAGCACCACAAUCCGAGGUAUCGGCUUCGACGCCACGUGUUCGCUUGCAGUUUUUGCUCAAGAUACCGAUGAACCUGUUUGUGUCACGGGCCCUCAUUUUGACAAUCGAGAUGGCAAUGACCGAAACGUGAUAUUAUGGCUCGACCAUCGGCCAGAGGAGGAGACUAACAAAAUCAAUGCUACAAACCACAAUCUGCUCCGCUAUGUCGGAGGCAAGAUGUCGAUUGAGAUGGAAAUCCCCAAGGUGCUUUGGCUGAAGAAUCAUAUGCCGAGAGAGCUAUUUGACCGAUGCAAAUUCUACGACCUAACAGAUGCACUGACGCAUAUGGCUACGGGAACCGAGACUCGCAGUUUCUGCAGCGUUGUGUGCAAGCAAGGUUUUGUGCCAGUGGGCGUUGACGGCAGCGUGAAAGGCUGGCAAGAAGAUUUCCUCAAGGCGAUUGGACUGGAAGAUCUAUGCGAGGACAAUUUCAAGCGCAUGGGUGGAGUCGACAAAGUGAACGGAAGAUAUCUCACUGCCGGAGAGCUUGUCGGUACUCUGAGUGAGAAGGCUGCCGCCGAUAUGGGACUGCACCCCGGCAUCGCUGUUGGCAGUGGGGUUAUUGAUGCAUAUGCUGGCUGGAUUGGCACCGUUGGUGCGAAGGUUGAGCUUGACGAGGGGACGCUCGAUAUGGAGACGCCUAGGAAUGACGUCUCGCAAGCCUUCACCCGGCUUGCCGCAGUAGCUGGCACCUCGACCUGCCACCUUGCUAUGUCUCGCGAGCCGGUCUUCGUCAACGGUGUCUGGGGCCCAUACCGCGAUGUUGUGCUACCGGAAUACUGGAUGGCAGAAGGGGGUCAGAGUGCGACUGGAGAGUUGCUCAAACACGUCAUUGAGACUCAUCCAGCCUUCCACGAGGCCCAAGCUCUUGCGGAGACGCAGAACACGAAUAUCUACGAAUACCUGAAUAAUCACCUUCGAGAGAUGGCCCAAAGCCAGGACGCACCUCACGUCUCGUGGCUUGGACGGCACUUCUUCUUCUACGGCGACCUUUUUGGAAACCGUUCGCCUAUCGCAGACGCUAACAUGCGAGGAUCGGUAAUCGGGUUGAGCUCCGACAAGAGCAUCGACAGUCUGGCGCUGCACUAUUAUGGCACGAUGGAGUUUAUUGCUCUCCAGACGCGGCAAAUCGUGUCCGCCAUGAACAAGGCCGGCCACGUACUCUCCUCCAUCUUCAUGUCUGGUUCGCAAUGCCAGAACAGCAUCCUCAUGGAACUCAUAGCAGCCGCAUGCGACAUGCCUGUCCUCAUUCCACGAUACGUACAUGCUGCUGUGGUGCAUGGUGCCGCUAUGCUGGGCGCGAAGGCUGCCAGCGCAGACUCGGAAGGCAAGACGGAGCCGCUGUGGGAUAUCAUGGAUCGGUUCAGUAAGCCGGGGAAGAUGGUGAAGCCGAGUAAGGAUGCGUAUCUGAAGAAGUUGCUGGAGACGAAGUACAAGGUGUUUUUGGAGCAGUGCGAGAGUCAGCAGCGGUACAGGAGGGAGGUGGACGAGUCGGUUCAGGGGUGGAAGAAGGCCAAUUGAACCUCCACCCAAUAUGGAGGCGGGUACAGAAAUUACGUAGCUCUUCAACGGCUGCUCGCAUGCAUGCAUCGUAUU